UCCCUCCCUUGUUCUUCCCCCUCCCUCUUUCCCUCACAUCCCUUGUAGACAGCAAUUAGGCAUUGAGGAUAAAACACACAGCCCGAGAGAGGGCUGAGGCUUUCCUCACAGAGAUGGCGAGUCGGACAGCUCUUUCCCUCCGGCCAGGAGUCUUCCUCCUCCUCCUCUCCAUCCUUCACCCCACGAGGCAAGGAGGGGUCCCAGGUGCUGUUCCUGGGGCUGUUCCUGGAGGGGUCUACUAUCCAGGAGCUGGUGGUCUUGGAGGCCUUGGAGGUGGGGGACUAGGAGGAGCAGGGCUUGGGGCAGGAGGCAAACCACCCAAACCAGGUAUUGGUGGGCUUGCUGGACUCGGGGCAGGUCCUGGAGGACUUGGAGGACUUGGCGGAGGGCUGGGAGGCUAUCCGGGGGGAGUCUACCCAGGGGGACUACUGACGGGCCCUGCAGCAGGAGCAGCAGCUUAUAAAGCCGCUGCCAAGGCUGGUCUUGGCGGUGUUGGCGGUGUUGGUGGUGUUGGUGGUGUUGGUGGAGUUGGCGGAGUUGGUGGAGUCGGUGGUGGUGGUGUGGGAACUGGUGUUGGAGGAGUUGGAGGUGUCGGUGGUGGAGUGUCCACAGGUGCUGUGGUGCCUCAGACUGGAGCAGGAGUUGGGGCUGGAGGAAAGCCAGGGAAAGUUCCAGGUGUGGGGCUUCCCGGAGUCUAUCCAGGUGGAGUUCUUCCAGGAACAGGAUCACGAUUCCCCGGAGUAGGGGUGCUGCCAGGGGUGCCAACUGGAACUGGAGUCAAGUCCAAAGCCCCAGGAGGAGGUGGAGCCUUUGCAGGAAUUCCAGGAGUUGGACCUUUUGGAGGCCAGCAGCCAGGAGUCCCUCUCGGCUAUCCUAUCAAAGCCCCCAAGCUCCCAGGUGGCUAUGGACUGCCCUACAGCACUGGAAAGCUACCCUAUGGUUAUGGCCCAGGCGGGAUUGGUGGCGGUGGGGCAGGCACGGGAAAAGCUGGCUACCCCACUGGAACAGGAGUUGGUUCUGCAGCCGCUGCAGCCGCUAAAGCAGCCAAAUAUGGUGCUGGCGCAGGAGGACCUGGGGCACUUCCAGGCUUUGGGGUUGGAGCUGGAGGACUUCCUGGCAUCGGAGGCAUUGCUGGAGCUGGGUCCCCGGCAGCAGCUGCAGCCGCUGCUAAAGCAGCCAAGUACAGAGCCGCUGGAGGCUUAGUGCCAGGUGUUGGUGGUAUCCCAGGUAUUGGAAGUGUUGCAGGUGUGCCAGGUGUUGGUGGUGUCCCAGGGGCUGGUGCCAUCCCAGGAGCAGCAAGCCCAGCUGCAGCAGCCAAAGCAGCAGCCAAGUAUGGGGCCAGGGCUGGCACCGGAGUAGGAGUUCCUGAUUUUGGUGUGGGUGCUGGAGGCAUUCCUGCUUUUGGGUUUGGCACUGGAGUUGUUCCUGGUGCGGGGGUCGGUCCUGGAGGUAUCCCUGGAGCAGGUCUAACUCCUGCUGCUGCUGCUGCUGCCAAGUCUGCUGCCAAAGCAGCUAAGUACGGUGCUGGAGGUCUCGGAGGGAUAGUUCCUGGUGCUGGCAUCCCCGGUGUGGGAGUUGUUCCAGGUGUUGGAGGCGGUGCAGGAGCAGGUCCAGGAUCCCUGGCUCAAUCAGCAGCUGCUGCCAAAGCUGCCGCCAAAGCUGCCCAGUAUGGGUUAGUCCCAGGAGGAGUCCCAGGUGGUCCUGGUGGUGGAGCUAUCGCAGUAGGGACUCCUGCAGCCCAAGUUGCAGCCCAAGCUGCAGCCAAAGCAGCCGCCAAAGCCCAAUACAGAGCUGCAGCUGGGAUUGGAGGAGUUCCUGGAUACCCAGCUGGAGCUGGAGCUGGAGGUGGAGCUGUUCCUGGCUACCCUGCUGGUGCUGGAGCCAUCCCAGGCUAUGGGGCUGGUGUAGCUCCAGGAUCCCUCGCAGCAGCCAAAGCAGCUAAGUAUGCAGCGGCCGGAGGAGCCGGAGGCCUGGGAGGCCUGGGAGGCCUGGGAGGAGCUGGAGCCGGCUUGGUACCCGGUGUGGCCGGGGUCCCAGGCGCAGGGGCGGCGGGGCUCGGAGGUGUUCCAGGAGCAGGGAGCCCAGCGGCAGCUGCAGCGGCCAAGGCCGCCGCCAAGGCCGCCCAGUACGGCCUUGGAGGAGCAGGAGGGCUGGGAGGCAGAGGCAUCCCAGGCAUUGGCGGAGUCCCCGGUGUCGGCGGAGUCCCUGGUAUUGGAGGAGUGACAGGUGCAGGAACUCCCGCGGCAGCUGCUAAGGCUGCAGCCAAAGCGGCCAAGUAUGGUGCUGCUGGAGGCGCUGGCCUUGUGCCAGGCGCUGGAGGCCUGCCAGGAUCCAGGGUGAUCCCAGGGGCAGGUGUGCCAUCACUUGGCUAUGGACUUUCACCUAUUUACCCAGGUGGUGGAGCUGGAGCACUGGGAUAUGGUGGAAAACCUCCCAAACCCUAUGGCGGUGCCCUCGGAGCCCUGGGAUAUCGAGGUGGGGCUUGUUUGGGGAAAAUGUGUGGCCGGAAGAGGAAAUAGAUCUUCCCAGGACAGCUGACCCGCGACCUCAUGAACUUUGGUGCUACUGCUUAGUCCAGAAUGUAUACCUUGAGUGACGCCCUUCCUCUUCCCCGCCCUCUCCCAUCCCCCUCCCAGGGUCAGAUCCUUCUCACUGGAGUGUUGCUGCAGUCACCCACCCUGCUGGGGAGGGGGGGAGGGGCUGGCAGGGGAGGGGGUGGAGGUGCAGGCCCUAGGGUGGGCAAACACAAGAACCAGGGUCAGCUUGGAACUCUGCCCCCUCCCCAAAGGAGCUCAGAUCCCCUCCCCCUGCCCCACCCCAUCCCACCUAGGAGCUCUCCCCUCCCUGUUCAUGAUCUUGAGGGAAACAUGGUGCUACUUGUUGGUGCUUAUCACUUUCUUGGGGGGGACGAGGGAGGAGGGAGGAAGGUCCCCUGGAGGAGCCCCUCACUCAGGGGCUUUGCAAGAUAUCCAACCCUGCCCCCACCAGGAAAGGUCAACCCAGGACCCCCAGCCAUGCUCUCCCCCUGGAACGACCAGUCUUCGAGCAGGGGUCCCCAAGCACUUUAAAUCCGCCUCCGCCUGGGAUGUGACCCCUCUAGAUCUGACCACCUCUCCCCCUCAGAGGGCUGCCCCUUCAGCCUCUCCUGCGCCACUCCUUGCAUCCAUCCUGGAGCCGGGAAUCUGUCCCUCUGUCCAUCCGUCCACCCUCACCCAAAAAAGUUUACCGCCCGCCUGGCAAGAGGCCUUGAAUGUCUGUCCACCCGCUAGGACCUGGCCUGGUCUUCCCCAGCUCUAGCCCUCCUCCCAAACCUGCCACCACAUACACUCCCACACGGCCAUCCGUGUGUGGGGACACACGCAUGUACUCACCAUUGACAGCGACUCCACCGGUGCCAGGCCGCCUAGAACCCCAGAACCUCCCCAGGGUGGAGCUGCGGCAGGAGGGGAGCCAGAGGGGAAUGAGGGCCGGGGCUCCCUGCCCAUCCCUGGCAUAUCUCACACAGCAGUACUGUAUCCUCAGUCCCUCGAGCCCUGGGUGUCUGAGCAACUCUUCCCAUCCAUCAUUCAGGCCCUGUCUCUGUGUCUCGCUGUGAUAGAUCAAUAAAUAUUUUAUUUUUUGUCCUGGAUACUUACUUGGGGCUUAUUUUGGUUCGGGAUGUUUUUGUUGGGUUUUGUUUGGGGGGCUGUUUAAAUUUUUUCUGGUUUGGGGAACUGUAUCCCCACAGAGGGGAACUGACCCCCCUGUGUCCAUUUUACUCACUUUGGUAUCACUUUGGAUGGAACACACUUUUUUAAUAAGAAAAGUAAAGUAACUGCUCCAGAAAACGGACUAAUAAAGAAAAACCUUUGAAAGGAA